AAUGACUGGAAGCUUUUAGCACACACACUAUGCAUUUAUUUAUGCAUUUAUUCAUUAUUUAUUCAUUACUAAUGCUGAAAAGCAGCAUCGCGUAGAUUAACUAUCACUUGCAAGAUCAAAGUGCAUUGAAAAUUCAGGUUUUACCAGAACAACGAAAGCUGAGAGAGCUUGCAAUUUGCACUUGGGAAAUGUUCCCAGACAUUUUCUAUAGCCGAUAAGCUAUAUUACUUUGUUUUGAUUCCAUUUCGAAGCUAUGGGCCUGCGAUCUGGCGCCUUUAUUUCCUGCUACUACCUCUGUUUUUUUGUGCUGGUGGCGGCAGAGGUUCGACUGCACUAUGGCCGCUGUCAUGGGCCGUCGACCAGAGGCCUGUGCCUGCCCAGCGACGAGUGUUCGGCGGAGCUUAGCUACCACCAGGCGGCGGAUGAGUGCUAUCACCUGGUUUGCUGCCUGAUGAAACCGCAGGCCUAUUCCCAACUGACCGAGGAUUACUGCCGGAUUGAGCCGGUGCCGCGUAUUGCCAGCGGUGUGAUGACCAACAUUCACGAGUUCCCCUGGAUGGCCAUGUUGCUCUACAGCCAUGACGGUAAACAUUUCGAGCCCAAGUGCGGUGGAUCGCUGAUUGACAAAAAGUGGAUUGUAACGGCAGCUCACUGUGUGUCCGCGCCAGGCAAUGGCCAGGCGCCGCCGCCGCUGCUGCGCGUCCGUUUGGGCGAGUGGGACACCCGAUUGAAGUCCAACCGCAUCCACGAGUAUUCCAUCGCGCGAACCAUUGUCCAUGAGGAGUACUUGCCCAGUGAGCACACGACGGGCAGUGAUCUGUACAAGUUCUCCAACGAUAUUGCCCUGCUGCAGCUUGGCGAAAGCGUCAACUACACCGAGUUCGUCCAGCCCGUCUGCCUGCCCUACCUGCCGACUGGCAUUGCCACGCGAAUCGAUGCCUAUGCGAACAAUUACCUUACCAUUUCCGGCUGGGGCCGCACCAGCGACCAAUCCCUGGAGCUCAGCCCCGUGAAGGUCAAGGCUUUGGUAAGUGGCUGGACGAUGAUUGACUGCAAGAAACACUAUGCGGAUGUGGGUCCCGGACAGAUGUGCGCCGGCGGCAGUCGUCUCUCGGGACAGGCGGCAAGUUGCCAGGGCGAUUCCGGGGGUCCGGUCAUCGAUGACAACCAGCUGGUGGGGAUUAUUUCGUUGGGGAAGUACCGGUGCGGAUCGCUUACUGGACCCAUUGUGUUCACCAGGGUGGAUCAUUAUGUGACCUGGCUGGAGAAGACCAUCAAAGCGAAUGCAUAAUAAACAUGGAAGUAUUUUUGUUCCCCCGAAA